AUGGACACCCCUCAGAGUCUGAGAGAGGAGGACCCUCAGGAUCAGAAAGCAGAGACCCCUCAGCAUAAGAGAGGGGAGGCCUCCCGGGGUGAGAUCAAAGAUGCUCCUCAGCGUCAGAAGGUGAAGACACAGAGGGGCCAGAGCCCAAGGGCUCCUCAGGGUCAGAGGGAGGAGGCCCCCCUGGGUGAGAACAUGGGCAUUCCUCAGAGUCGAAGAGAAUUUAGUCCUAAGUGUGGGGGAAAGGCGAGUCCCCAGAGUCUGGGGAAGAAGAUGCUGUGGUCUUGGGAAGACAGUAUCUCACAAGCCUGGGAGGUGGCUCCCGGGGAGGCCACUGUACAGCUCCCAGAGGAAGGUGGCUCCCGGAGCCAUCGGAGGGACUCCUGCGGGUCCCUGAAAGCACAGACUCCAAAGCCUGUGGGCAGGGAGAGCCCAGACCUCCGGAGAAGGGCUACCGCGAUGAUGCAGAGCAGGAUCAGAGGCGAGACACAAAAGUCGGCACCGGCGGUGGCAAAGCUGGGGGUCGCCCAGGAGGGGGCGUGGGCUGCGCUUCCCAGCCCGAAGCCCCCGGCCCAGCAGCUGCUUCCAAGUCGCGGAGCCGGAGCUGUGAUGCCAGCGACGCUGCGCGCCAAGGUAUCCGGGCAGCAGGGGCUCCCCGGGGGUCUCCGGGGCCCUCCAGACCCGGAGCACAAUCCGCACGGGCUGCAGGGCCCUGGAGUGGGCCCCGGCCCGGGAGAGCAGGAGGUGGGCCAGGCUCGGCUUCUGGGUGCCCUCCGAGGUCGGGGGGGCGGUCCUGAGCGUCCCAAGGCCUCGAAGGCCGCGUGGCCGGCGCCCCUAGGCAGGGCCAAGGCGCCUGCGGGCUUGAGCGCGGCGCAGCAGGAGACGGCUCUGCAGCGGCUACUGGAGCUGCACAGCGCAGCCAGGUGGCGGCGCCGGCGGGACCGUGAGCAGCAGCGGCUCCGGGUCCUGGAACGCCUCCACAUCGCCAGGAAUCGCCACUGCCGGGUUCACCCCGUGGGGCUCCUGCCCAGCCCGGCUCAACUCCCGCCACAGGCAAGACCCCCAGAAGGCGGUGGGGCCACAAGGAACCUGCACGGGGCAGGGGCCGAGCUUGGUGCGCCCGGGUCCCUUUGAAGUGAGCGCACUGCACUCUGGCAGUGACUCGGACGGGGCGCGAGGGGCGGGUGUGCCAGGUGCUGCCCCGCCCGCCCCACUGAGCCGCGGACGCUCAGUGAUCUGCACCGCCAGGAGGACGCGACUGGGCGGCGGCGCGCCCUGAGGGAGCAGCUGGAACAGAUGCAUCGGGAGAGGACCGGGCGGCUGCGGGCCCUCGGGGCCAGGAACACUCAGAACUUCCUGGAACUACUGUGUUCCCCUGGUGCUGCGGAUCCCGUGCCUGCAGAGUAGUGCUCGCCCUUCCCAGCCCCCUCUGGUCAUUGCUGGGUACUCAAAGGAAUGAUUAAAGAGAUGAGGGUUACGGAAAAA